AGAUCGAAAGAAAGUCCUUUGGUAAUGACGUGUCAUACAUUCUAGUCAUCAAAGACACCAUUUUCUGGGCCUGAAGUGUUCUGCUGGUUUUUGGAGGAAUGAGAAUCCAAUCUCUCAUAAGCCGGAUUCAGAAAAUAGGUCAUCGAUGAAACAUCUGUAUGGAUUAUUUCACUAUAAUUCUAUGAUGCUUGGACUUGAAUCGCUUCCAGAUCCCACGGACACCUGGGAAAUUAUAGAGACCAUUGGUAAAGGCACCUAUGGCAAGGUCUACAAGGUAACUAACAAGAGAGAUGGGAGCCUGGCUGCAGUGAAAAUUCUGGAUCCAAUCAGUGAUAUGGAUGAAAAAAUUGAGGCAGAAUACAACAUUUUGCAGUUCCUUCCUAAUCAUCCCAAUGUUGUAAAGUUUUACGGGAUGUUUUACAAAGCGGAUCACUGUGUAGGGGGACAGCUGUGGCUGGUCCUGGAGCUGUGUAAUGGGGGCUCAGUCACCGAGCUUGUCAAAGGUCUACUCAGAUGUGGCCAGCGGUUGGAUGAAGCAAUGAUCUCAUACAUCUUGUACGGGGCCCUCUUGGGCCUUCAGCAUUUGCACAACAACCGAAUCAUCCACCGUGAUGUGAAGGGGAAUAACAUUCUUCUGACAACAGAAGGAGGAGUUAAGCUCGUUGACUUUGGUGUUUCAGCUCAACUCACCAGUACACGUCUGCGGAGAAACACAUCUGUUGGCACCCCAUUCUGGAUGGCCCCUGAGGUCAUUGCCUGUGAGCAGCAGUAUGACUCUUCCUAUGACGCUCGCUGUGACGUCUGGUCCUUGGGGAUCACAGCUAUUGAACUGGGGGAUGGAGACCCUCCCCUCUUUGACAUGCAUCCUGUGAAAACACUCUUUAAGAUUCCAAGAAAUCCUCCACCUACUUUACUUCAUCCAGAAAAAUGGUGUGAAGAAUUCAACCACUUUAUUUCACAGUGUCUUAUUAAGGAUUUUGAAAGGCGACCUUCCGUCACACAUCUCCUUGACCACCCAUUUAUUAAAGGAGUACAUGGAAAAGUUCUGUUUUUGCAAAAACAGCUGGCCAAGGUUCUCCAAGACCAGAAGCAUCAAAAUCCUGUUGCUAAAACCAGGCACGAGAGGAUGCAUACCAGAAGACCUUAUCAUGUGGAAGACGCUGAAAAAUACUGCCUUGAGGAUGAUUUGGUCAACCUAGAGGUUCUGGAUGAGGAUACAAUUAUCCAUCAGUUGCAGAAACGUUAUGCAGACUUGCUAAUUUACACAUAUGUUGGAGACAUCUUAAUUGCCUUAAACCCCUUCCAGAAUCUAAGCAUAUACUCUCCACAGUUUUCCAGACUUUAUCAUGGGGUGAAACGCGCCUCCAAUCCCCCCCACAUAUUUGCAUCAGCAGAUGCUGCUUACCAGUGCAUGGUUACUCUCAGCAAAGACCAGUGCAUUGUCAUCAGCGGAGAGAGUGGCUCUGGGAAGACAGAAAGCGCCCACCUGAUUGUUCAGCAUUUGACUUUCUUGGGAAAGGCCAAUAAUCAGACCUUGAGAGAGAAAAUUCUACAAGUCAACUCCCUGGUGGAAGCCUUUGGGAACUCAUGCACUGCCAUCAAUGACAACUCGAGCCGUUUUGGAAAAUAUCUGGAAAUGAUGUUUACACCAACUGGAGUUGUGAUGGGGGCAAGAAUCUCUGAAUAUCUCCUUGAAAAAUCCAGAGUUAUAAAACAGGCAGCGGGAGAGAAAAAUUUUCACAUAUUUUACUAUAUUUAUGCUGGUCUUCAUCACCAAAAGAAGCUUUCUGAUUUCAGACUUCCUGAGGAAAAACCUCCUAGGUACAUAGCUGAUGAAACUGGAAGGGUGAUGCACGACAUAACUUCCAAGGAGUCUUACAGAAGACAGUUCAAAGCAAUUCAGCAUUGCUUCAGGAUUAUAGGGUUCACGGACAAAGAGGUGCACUCAGUGUACAGAAUUUUGGCUGGAAUUUUGAAUAUUGGGAACAUUGAGUUUGCAGCUAUUUCUUCUCAACAUCAGACUGAUAAAAGUGAGGUGCCCAAUGCUGAAGCUUUGCAAAAUGCUGCCUCUGUUCUGUGCAUCAGCCCCGAAGAGCUACAGGAGGCCCUCACCUCCCACUGUGUGGUCACCCGGGGCGAGACCAUCAUCCGUGCCAACACUGUAGACAGGGCUGCGGACGUUCGAGACGCUAUGUCCAAAGCCCUGUAUGGGAGGCUCUUCAGCUGGAUUGUGAAUCGCAUUAAUACACUCCUGCAGCCAGACAAAAACAUAUGUAGUGCAGGAGAUGGAAUGAAUGUGGGGAUCUUGGAUAUCUUUGGAUUCGAGAAUUUUCAGAGAAAUUCAUUUGAGCAGCUCUGCAUAAACAUUGCCAAUGAGCAAAUCCAGUACUACUUCAAUCAGCACGUUUUUGCUCUUGAGCAGAUGGAAUAUCAGAAUGAAGGCAUUGAUGCUAUACCCGUGGAGUAUGAGGACAACCGCCCGCUCUUAGACAUGUUCCUCCAGAAACCCCUGGGACUGCUUGCACUUUUGGAUGAGGAAAGUCGGUUUCCCCAAGCAACUGACCAGACCCUGGUUGAUAAAUUUGAAGAUAAUCUACGAUGCAAAUACUUCUGGAGGCCCAAAGGAGUGGAACUGUGCUUUGGCAUUCAGCAUUAUGCUGGAAAGGUAUUAUAUGAUGCUUCUGGGGUUCUUGAGAAGAAUAGAGACACUCUCCCUGCCGAUGUGGUUGUGGUCCUGAGAACGUCAGAAAACAAGCUUCUUCAGCAGCUCUUCUCAAUCCCUCUGACCAAAACAGGUAAUUUGGCCCAGACAAGAGCUAGGAUAACAGUGGCCUCAAGAUCUUUGCCUCCACAUUUCAGUGCUGGGAAAGCCAAGGUGGACACUCUGGAGGUGAUACGGCAUCCGGAAGAAACCACCAACAUGAAGAGGCAAACUGUGGCUUCUUACUUCCGGUAUUCUCUGAUGGACCUGCUCUCCAAAAUGGUCGUUGGACAGCCCCACUUUGUGCGCUGCAUUAAACCCAAUGAUGACCGAGAGGCCCUGCAGUUCUCUCGAGAGAGGGUGCUGGCCCAGCUCCGCUCCACAGGGAUUCUGGAGACAGUCAGCAUCCGCCGCCAGGGCUAUUCCCACCGCAUCCUCUUUGAAGAAUUUGUGAAAAGGUAUUAUUACUUGGCAUUCAGAGCACAUCAAACACCUCUUGCUAGCAAAGAGAGCUGUGUGGCUAUCUUGGAAAAGUCCAGAUUAGAUCACUGGGUGCUGGGAAAAACAAAGGUUUUUCUCAAAUAUUACCAUGUUGAGCAAUUAAAUGUGCUGCUUCGAGAAGUCAUAGGCAGAGUGGUUGUGCUACAGGCAUAUACCAAGGGGUGGCUUGGAGCCAGGAAAUACAAAAGAGUCAGAGAGAAGAGAGAGAAGGGAGCCAUUGCCAUCCAGUCAGCCUGGAGAGGAUAUGAUGCUCGGAGGAAAUUUAAGAAAAUAAGCAACAGAAGGAAUGAGUCUGCUGCUCAUAAUCAAGCAGGGGACACUUCAAACCAAAGCAGUGGGCCACAUUCCCCCGUCGCAGCGGCUACCAGGGGAAGUGCCAAGGUUCAAGACUGCAGCGAGCCUGCUGACCAUAAAGUUCUCAGGGGCUCUGUAGAUCGUAGAAGCCAUUCACAAGCAGAAUCCAACAAUGGCCAUGCACAGACUUCAAGCAACUCUCCUGCUGUCACAGAGAAAAAUGGGCAUUCACAAGCCCAGAGUUCUCCAAAAGGGUGCGAUAUCUUCGCAGGACAUGCAAACAAGCACUCGGUUUCUGGGACUGAUUUGCUGUCUUCUCAGAUAUGCCAUCCUGCUCCAGAUCACCAAGGAUUGAGUCUCUGGGGACCCCCUCAAAAGCCUGGUUCAGAAAAUGGUCUUGCACAGAAGCAUCGAACACCUCGCCGACGAUGUCAGCAGCCCAAAAUGCUGAGUAGCCCUGAGGACACCAUGUACUAUAACCAGUUAAAUGGAACUCUAGAAUAUCAAGGGAGCAAGAGGAAGCCAAGAAAACUUGGCCAAAUCAAAGUACUUGAUGGGGAAGAUGAAUAUUACAAAUCUCUGUCACCAGUGGACUGUAUCCCUGAGGAGAACAACUCAGCCCACCCUUCCUUUUUUUCUUCAUCCUCAAAAGGAGACUCUUUUGCUCAACAUUAAUUGUACUUCCUAACCCCAAAUCUGUCCAGAGUAGGAACAUUCAUGGUAAUUGACUGUCUGUCAUUGCAGAAGAAAGCACUGAUAUGGGGUCAGCUUCUUUGGACAUAUGGUCCAUGCCUGAACCUUACUGAACAACUUGCAGAUUCCAAAACAUCUUAUCCUAUCUCCACCACUCUCCCAUAUCUGUUGUGCAGCCUGAGCUGGACGCUCCCUUCCUUUCUCAUCCCAUGGGGCCCUGUGGGACACUGAGAACAGCUUUACAACAGUAUAAACAGUCAUUCAUGCCCCCAGUGUCUAGGAAGAUAACAGUCUCACCCCAGUCUAAUCAUGGACACUGAUAAUAUUUCUUGAUUUUUCCUAUCAAGUUACUUUUCAAUCCAUUCAGAAUCUGUCCCAGUGGAGACCCAGGAGUUCCUUUCCUGCACUCUUCUCCACCCUCCCACCUUUGCUGGGCUUUUCUAUCACUCCCACCUUCCCCAGAGUCAGGGCUCCAUUGCUGAGUGCCCCAUCCUGGAGGAUUGGCCCCAAGAUCUCCUAGAACAGGAUAAUUGCCUGUGUUUAGGCAGAUAGGCAUAAAUCUUUCAGAUUCUUUCUACAAGGCAAAUAACCCCUCUCUUGUGAAUUGUUAUGCUGAGAAAGCCUUUGUCUCUUUAUUUCACCUUGCCAAGACACCCACACUACUUUAGUAAUGAAAAGAAAGGAAUGAGAGGGAAAGUUUGGACCUGUCACUUUGGUGACAGGGAAAGUCCAGGUCACUUUAUUCUGUAACUCUCCAUUCACUGGUCAAAUAACUCCAUGAGGCUAUCAGUGGCUACAGUGGAAGGACCUGAUCUUGUCCAUCUUUGUGUGCACAGAGCCUAGCACAGGGCCUGGCAGAGGGGAUAUCUAGUGAAUGUAGAAUACAUGGAGAGACUUAACUAAGUUACACAAGCAUAUCUGACAGGAAUGUUACUUUCAAUUGUAUGUUACAUAUGAUUAGUCACUUUUCGUACACUAUAACCUCUGAUUUUUCACUCGUUUGGGCUAAUUCUAUUGUAAUGAUAUUAGAUAAUAUAAUACUCAACAUGAUUCAAUAUGACAAACUUUUUUGAGCACCUACUUUAUAUAAAACACGACAAAUUGCUGUGUGAUGUAAUCAAAAACAAAGAAGCUCUAUAAGACCAUUUCUGUAGAACAGAUGUUCUUAAUAUUUUUCUUACUCUAAAAUAUGUGGUAGAUAGUAUGCAAGAAAAGCCGGGUGCGGUGGCUCAGGCCUGUAAUCCCAGUGCUUUGGGAGGCCAAGAUGGGCGGAUCAUGAGGUCAGGAGUUUGAGACCAGCCUGACCAACAUGGUGAAACCUUGUCUCUACUAAAAAAAAAAAAAAAAUACAAAAAUUAGCCCGGCAUGGUGGCGCAUACCUGUAAUCCCAGCUACUCAGGAGGCUGACGCAGGAGAAUCACUUGAACCCGGGAGGCGGAGGUUGCAGUCAGCUGAGAGCGCACCACUGCACUCCAGCCUGGGCAACAGGGCAAGACUCUGUCUCAAAAAAAAAAAAAAAAGAUAGUAUGCAAGAAGAUACCUAAAUUUUGAGAGAAGUAACCUUGAAAAAUCUUAUCAGAGUUUUGAAAGGGAGCACAUUAAUAGGCCUUUUAUGAAGAUGAAUAAUGAAAUGAGGCAUUUAAAGAUCUCAGAAAUUAUAAUUUUACAAGUAAAAUAAAUAUAGCCAAUUUUUCAAUAGCUGAACUUCACCCAAAAGGUAAUGUUUAUAAGUAGAGCAGAAAAAAUGCAGAUAAAUUUUAUUUUAUUGUUUAAAAAAUAAUGCAUAGAAUAUAUAAAUUUUUCAUGUUACUAUUAAUAUAUGAGUGCUUUUGGAAGUUUCACUUUUGUCAUUGAUUGUCUACUUUUGGUUUGAUAAUAUUAGCUGCUUUUCAAAUUGUUGAAUGGAAAUGUUCAUAACUCCCUGUUUGUCUGUGCACAAUGUAAUUCUAAACCUGGCUUGUUUCUCAUUUAAAUAUAUCUAUAAAUAAACUUAAAAAGAAAACAGAA